CCCUUCCCCGUUCUUCUAUCUCUAUCUCUUGUGUUUGUGGGGGCAGUCCAACCUCUUCCACCUUCCCACCACUUUCUCAAUCAUUCUCAGUGGAGCCCUCAGAAUUGUAGCCAUUCCCAUCAGAUCAUAUGGAUGGCCAAGAACUUAUUAGUACCCCACCGCCUGCAGCGCAACCACUCACCGCUCCUUUCCUCUUUGCACCUUCCACAACUCCAUCUUCCUCACUGCACCCUCUUCCUCCUUUAGAGUCUCAAAUCAUCCCUGAUAUUGAUUGGGUUAGCCUCCUCUAUGGUCAAGCCUUGCUGCUGCAGGGUCAUGAUGAGAGCAAGCCAAUGACUGAAGCAGCUUCUUCUUUGAUGGCCGAAAAUGGAGGUUGCCAUCAGAUUGAGAAUGGCAACCAAGACAAGAGGAAAGGUAACCGGUUCAAGAAGACAACCCGACCGAGGUUUGCGUUCCAAACCAGGAGUGCUGAUGAUAUUCUGGACGACGGCUAUAGGUGGAGAAAGUACGGCCAAAAAGCUGUGAAAAAUAGUAAUUAUCCAAGGAGUUAUUACCGGUGCACACAUCACACAUGCAAUGUGAAGAAACAGGUUCAAAGGCUGUCGAAAGACAACAGCAUCGUGGUGACGACAUACGAAGGGAUCCACAAUCAUCCUUGUGAAAAGCUAAUGGAAACCCUAACUCCACUUCUCAAGCAAAUGCAAUUCCUAGCUAGGUUUUAAUAUCCAUUUUCUUUCAUUUCUCCUAAUCACUUAAUAUCACCAACCCCAACAACAAAUAAUUUCAUACUUACCUAAUUUCCCUUUCUUUAUUUUUCCAUGUAAAAAUAUUGAGUAUGUUUAUAUCUUAAAUGUUCUUUAUCUUCCAUUCAUGUUUAAAGCCACAACAUUGUUAUUAAGUCAUUGAAAAUUACUCGAAA